AUGUCCAAACAAAGUCCCGUCGAAGAAUUAUUAAGGCAAGCCGAUCAAUUAAUAUCGAAUCAAAGACCUAAAGCGGAAGUGUAUGCAGCCAUGGCCGAAUCUUUGGGAUCCGCAUGGAAAGAUAUAAACAAUUUAUUAGAAGAAAGAAGGCAAAUAUUAGAAAUGAACGUCAAUUACAAAAGGCAAGAAGAAAACUGUUGGAAAAAAAUAGAAAAUUUAGAAUCGUUAUGUUUAAACGCGACAGUUCCGUACGAAAUCGAAACCGUUAAACAAUUGCUAACGAAACUUCAUUCUGGUAAAAGAGCCAUGCUUGAAUCUCUUAUGGCGACUUUGCAAGAAGGAAAAUUUUUACACGACAAAUUAAAUAUGUUGGCGAAAAAAGGAACUUUGGAUUCCCGACCGGAUAAUAUUAAAUCGAAUGCGGAAAAAGCCGUGUCGCAAGUCGAACAUUGGUUAGAAUCACUUCACGAUAAAAGGAAACAAAUGGAAACUUUGUGGCAAACGAGAAAAUUACAAAUAGAACAUUGUUUAGGACUCGCAAUAUUAGCCUCGGAACUUUUAGACGUCGAAAACGUUCUCAAAUUGAAAAAAGAAAAACUAUUGAAAAAUGAUAAUUUAGGGGAUUCGAAAUCCACCGCUUUGAUUUUAUUAGAUGAACUUAUGAAAAUUUUAGGAGAUGCACAAAACCUUCAGGAAAAAACGUUGAAAAUAACAAAUUCGACGGAAAAAUUAGCAGCAACGUCUUCCGGUCAUUUUGCCGGUGAGGAAGCCAUAUCUCAAUCGUACGCCGUUUUAAACGAAUGCGCCGAAUUUUUAAAUUGCAUCGAUAAAAGAGAAGAAAUUUUGAAAAAAACCGUCGAAUUUUUCAAUGCAGCCGACAUUGCAUUUAACAAAUUAGAUUCUAUUGAAAACAAAAUGGCGUUAUCGGAUUUGUCGGAUUCUUCGACGGUUCAUUCACAAAUUUAUUCGGAAUUAAUUGACGCGAUGGAAGAAUCGACCGAACCUGCCAUUUUACUCGGUACUGAAAUUUUAAACACGGUCGGACACGAUACAUACGGAGCAAUCGGAGUAAAAAAUACAUUGAAUGAAUUAAAAAGCAGACGAAUUAAUUUAGAAGGAAUAUGCACGAGGCGAAAAGAAGAAAAAGUUCAAGCUUCGCAAAAAUUUAACGAAUUUUUAGAAAAACACAACGAGAUAUAUUCCUGGUUGAUAACAACGGUCGAAUCAUUUCUUCAAAGUCAUCAAGACAUGGGAACCUCGUUAUCAGCGAGUCAAGAUUAUCUUAAUUCCCACGUUCAACUCCUGGAAGAAUUUAGGAUAAAAGAAAUCGAAUUGAAAUCCCUUUUAUCGACGAUAUCAUCCAUGAGAAUGAACGAAUCGGAUUCGGAAUAUCGAAAAGAUUUAAAUGAAAAAAUGAAAUUUUUACAAGAGCAUUGGAUGGAAUUGAAAUUCAAAUUGGAAAACAGAAUUGAUUUGGCAAAUGUUUACACGGGUUUUCACGGAAAAGCACAAGAUUUGACAAAUCGUUUCGAUUCUCUCGAAGAUGAUUUCAAAAGGAAAAAAUCCACAAUGAUGAUGAUGGCGGACAACGAUGUUAAACAACGACAAGAGGAAGAAGAAGAAGAAAGAAAAAUUCAAACCGCUCAAGAACUUUACGUUCAACUUUGUCACAACGGGAAAAAUUUCACCGACGAUUUAGAAAAGAUCCACGACCCAGGAAUGUGGGGGGAAGGGGGGAGGCAUAGAAAAAAUUAG